AUGGCGCCGGCUCCACCUCAGCCACAAGCCCCGAGGGUGACAGCGGCAGCCCAGAGACGCCGACGGCAACGUCACUCUAGGCGCGACGUCUUUACGUCAUCCCCCAGCGACACCGCCCCUUCCGGCGGCUCCUUCGGACCGGCAGACAGCGCGCUAACGGGGCCACGGAAGAAAGGUGUUAAAAGGUGGCUCAUGAAUAAUGAAAUCCCGGAGGAAACAAUAGCAGAUGAAGCGAAGGACUAUAUGAAUCAACUUUCACAUGAAGUGCUUUGCCGUAUCUUCAGGUACCUCCCUCUGCAGGAUAUCCUGUGCAUGGAAUGUCUCUCCCGAAAGCUGAAGGAAGCAGUGACCCUCUAUCUGAGAGUUGUGCGAGUUGUGGAUCUUUGUGCAGGGCGGUGGUGGGAAUACAUGUCAAGUGGCUUCACAGAUCCUCACAGAUUCUUCAGUUUUCUCACGCUGCUGAAGAAGAUGCCAGACGUUGAACAGCUUUAUGGCCUUCACCCAAGAUACUUUGAGAGGCCCAGAGCGGGCCACGAGGCCUUUAGCAUUCCAGGCAUCCUGGAAGCUUUGCAGGCCUGCCCAAACAUAGUGGGUGUAGAGACCUCGCACUUGGAAUUGGUAGAAUCGAUUUGGACAUAUAUGCCGCAUGUUCAUAUUUUGGGGAAAUUUCGUAAUCGGAAUGGAGCAUUUCCAAUUCCUCCUGAAAAUAAAUGGAAAAUUCCUAUAGGCGCCAAAAUUCCAACUCUACAUUUAGUAGGAGUGAAUGUUCCUGAAAUUCCUUGCAUCCCAAUGCUAAGGCAUCUUCAUAUGAAGUGGGUCCAACUUACUAAACCACCGCCAUGUAAAGACUUUCUUUGUAUCAGCUUGCGAACUUUUGUCAUGAACUGUGCAGGACCCACAAAUUCCUUGAAAUAUGUCCCUUUAGUGACAGACUUGGCCUCUGCCCGAAACUUGGAACAUUUAGAAAUGGUUCAAGUUCCUUUCCUGGGAGGUCUUAUCCAACAUGUAGUGGAAGACAGUUGGAGAUCAGGUGGUUUUAGAAAUUUGCACACUAUUGUUUUAGGAGGUUGCAAAAAUGCUCUUGAAGUAGAUCUUGGUUACCUCAUAAUCACUGCUGCCCGUAGGUUACAUGAAGUUCGGAUCCAGCCCUCUCUAACCAAAGACGGUGUCUUUUCCGCCCUAAAGAUGGCCGAGUUAGAGUUUCCCCAGUUUGAAAGCCUUCAUGUAGAUGAGCUUUUGCUUCAGAGCAGAAUGGCAAAUGCAGACCUGGUGAAGUACGGCCUGCCGGAUGUGGUGGAAAAUCCUGGUAUCAUCACUGACAUAGGAAUGAAGGCCAUCAAUGAGGUUUUUUCCUGUCUCAAAUAUCUGGCAAUCUACAAUUGCCCUCAUCUACAUAACCCAUACAAUUGGAUCUCAGACCAUUCCAGGUGGACUCGACUGGUUGAUCUCAACCUAGUGCGCUGCCAUGCGUUGAAGUUGGACUCGUUUGGCCAGUUCAUUGAAUUGCUGCCCAGCCUGGAGUUUAUUUCACUGGAUCAGAUGUUUCAGGAGCCACCCAAGGGCCGUGCUCGAGUUGGUCUGAGUGCCGGCACGGGAAUUGGGGUUUCUUCAGCCCUUGUUAGCAACCACAACUCCAAUAAUGACAACGAUAAUAAUGCCCCGAAUAACAAUGGCAACAUCCAUGACAACAAUCACCAUCACCAUGAUUCCGGCGAGGAGAACGACUUUCGGAGAGACCUGCAGCCAGGAGAGCAGCAGUUUGCAGCCGAGCUGAAUGAGAUGGAAGACAUGGUGCAAGAAGAUGGGGAGGUGGUAGCGGAGAGUGGCAAUGAGGCUCCAGCUCACAAUCAGGCAGUUAUUCCUGUGGAUGUUGACGAGGAACAAGCAGGACGCAGUGGUCUUCAGCGUGUAGUAAAACCAACCGCAAUUACCGUCCAUGACUCAGAGAGUGAUGAGGAAGACAGACUAGAACUCCAGGAAGUCUGGGUUCCUAAGAAUGGCGCUCGACGUUACUCUGAGCACGAAGAGAAAAUCGGAGAGUCAGUGCAGUCCAGGGAGUUGUCAGUAAGUGGAAAAGGCAAGACUCCACUUCGAAAGAGGUACAACUCCCGUCAAAUGGGCCAGUCGAAGCAGUUUCCCCUCGAGGAAAGCAGCUGUGAGAAAGGCUGUCGGGUCACCAGUGAGCAGAUCAAAGCCGAUAUGAAAGCAGCUAGGGAUAUUCCUGAAAAGAAAAAAAUCAAGGAUGUUUAUCCCAGCUGCAGCAGCACCACGGCCAGCACAGUGGGAAACUCCGGCUCCCGCAGCACUGCUGCUCAAAGCCCCGGCUUUGUAAGGACGGUGAACAGCGGCGGCUCUCCCGAGCCUAGCCCUACAGAAGUGGAUGUGUCCAGGCAGUGUGUCUGCUCCCCCGGUGGGUCAGAGGACUCUGAGGCCAUGGAGGAGGGAGAUGCAGAGAGCUCUGUCUGCCCCAGAUGCUGCUGUCACAGGCCCCAGGAAUCCCAAAGGAGAACUAGCAGGUGUUCUGAUGAGGAACAUCCUUCAACCAGCCGAGCCUGUGUUGUGAAUGGCCCGGAUGAGGUUGCCAAAACAAAACCGCGCCAUGCCAUGAAGCGGAAGCGAGCAGCAGAUAAAUCCACCAGCACCAGCGAUCCCGUGAUUGAGGAUGACCAUGUGCAGGUCCUUGUAUUAAAAUCCAAAAAUCUUGUUGGAGUCACUAUGACCAACUGUGGAAUCACAGAUCUCGUGCUAAAAGACUGUCCCCAGAUGAUGUUUAUACAUGCUACCAGGUGCAGGGUACUGAAACAUUUAAAAGGAGAAAAUGCACCAAUUGUAAAUCGAUUUGACUAUGCACAAUAAAAACUGAAUAUGGAUCAGGUGCUAGACCAGAUACUGAGGAUGCUUCUGGAGAGAAACCGUAUCAUAUACCUACGCCCGAUGCAGCAGGGGGACACGUUGACUCUGGAGCAGAAGCUCUUCAGUGGUCCUUACCCCUAUCACAUCUGCAUUAUCCAUGAAUUCAGUAACCCUCCCAAUGUCCGGAACAAGGUGUGCAUUCGCAGCUGGAUGGACACGAUUGCGAACAUCAACCAAGAACUUAAUAAGUAUGAAUUCUUUCCUGAAGCCACUCGAACUGAGGAAGACUUAAAAAAGUAUCCUAAGUACCCCUGGGGAAGAGAAAUCUAUACAUUAGAAGGAGUGGUGGAUGGAGCCCCAUAUUCCAUGAUUUCUGACUUCCCUUGGCUCAGGUCACUGCGGGCAGCAGAACCUAACAGCUUCGCACGCUAGCGUUUUGAAGAUGAUGAAGAAAACACCAUCUACGCUCCUCAGAGGAAAGGGCCGUUGUCUGCAGACAUCUGUAUGGAAACAAUAGGGGAGGAGAUCGCCGAGAUGCGCCAGAUAAAGAAGGGUGUGUUUCAGCGAGUCCUGGCAAUUUUCAUUCACUACUGCGAUGUCCACGGAGAGCCAGUUGAAGAUGACUACAUUUGAUUGGCACCUUCCCCUGCCCAGCUGUUCCUGCUGAAAGCUGCUCCACCUGCGAGAGCGGGUCGCAGAGGCUCAGAC